CAUUACUGAGAUUCUAUACUAAUAGUCAUUCUAUAGUACUAUAUUACCUCUAGUUGAAUUCCACAGUUUUAUCACGGUGUUUUGUCGGUGGUUGCAUUCUGAGAUUGGUUCCAAGUUUGGAUUAAUGAUAAUAUUGACAAUUCCUUGUGUCUCAAAAUAAAAGUGACGCUUGUUGCUGUUGUGUGUUUUUGGAUUAUGAAAUAGGAUCCAUUAUAUGGACUGAUUUGUAUAUCAAUUUGGACUUUACACGACAGACAGCUUCUCGAAUUAAGAAUAAGGAACCUUUACAAUGCAGAAUCUUGAAUAUUUAUAAAUAGACGCCUGUUGGUGUGAAUUUGAUUUGUAUAAAUGUUGAUUUAUGAUUGGCUAAUAAGAGAUAUAUUGAGAUUUGAUUGGACUAUAUUUUUAAAGUGAAAAUGAUUUUUGGAAGUUUUAAAAGAUCUGCUCUAACUAAACUACUAUGUGGAAUGUAUUGUCUACUACUGGUGGUAUUUGGUAUAGUGUUUGCUAUUGCCAAUGCUUUAACUGUGAAGGAACGAGAACAUAAAUUUUACUUGGAGGUUUUUCUGAUCUAUCUGUAUUCAGGAUCGCUGAUCAUUUUACUGUAUUUUCAAAUCGGUAUAUUGAGAGGU